UGCCAUUACCUGACGACACACAGAAAGAAAGAACACUGCCCAUGUUGGCACUUCUUGUUUACCAGUGAGCAGAACUGUAGCUGUUUUCCAUGUCUGUAGAAAGAUAAACCUUGCCAGUGCUGCCACUGCUCAUGUGCAGAGCACACAGAUUGCUGGUGGUGCUGCUGCUGCUCUUUUUCAGAUGACCCAGACUGCAAGUGCUGCUGCUCUGGUGGAGAGAAUUCAGCAUGUCAGUAUUAUGAAAGCAAGUGCUGCAGAAGCUCUGAUGGUGAACCACAUCACUCAGGAACACCAGGAGCUAUUCAAUCAAAAGAUGUCAUCUCAAGAUUCAGAACUAGGAAUAAUGCACCUGUCAUUACACGCCAUGUUUUCUGUGACCAGCUUGCCUGUCCACUCUGUAAGCAAUUGUUCCAACCAUUUAUGCUGCCAUUCAAUCACUGCAUUGGUGAGAAGUGCAUAACUAAAAGCAAGACCAAAGCUGAAGUAACUGAAAACUUCUAUAUCAUAUGCCCAGUGUGUAGCAAAGCACAUUGCCUCCCCUACACAAAUAAAAUUCAGCUGAGAAAAGCAAAACUAGACAAGAAAUAGAUGCGCAGACAUAGUUUUCUGAGGUGGAGAUUUGACCAUAGCGACUGUGAAACUUGCAGGGAGAGAAGAGUGACAACCAAAAGGUGUAGAACAUGUGGAAUCAAUUAUUGUAAUGAACGUCUGCAUUUAAAUCAUGGCAAUAAUGGUGCUCAAGACCACAUUUUCACCAAAGCACAUCAAGAAGUUUGUGAACAGAGGCGCUGCUUACUGCACAGCAACUCAAACCUCUCUGAAUACUGUCUGGGUGGCCAUGACCUGAUCUGUGGGUCCUGCAAGAACUCACUGCACAACCAUCAUGAGACUAUUCCCUUGGCAGUCACGUGUUCAAGAGAGCCUGCUUCCUCUGAUACAAUUGCAAAAUUUAGAACAGUACAUCAAUGUGUUGAUAAUGGCCUAAUGGAAGUCAUUCUGUUAAAAUAUAAUUUCAGGACCUAUAAGGUCAUCAAAAGAAAGGAGAUCAGAAAUGGAUUAUUAAAAUUAUGUAUGGUUCAUCAAGAACAAGAAAAGAUGAUGAUGGAGUUGCUUGAAAACAUUGAACUUAAAAAACAGAAAGAUAUUUCAGAAUACAUAAGUUAUACAUCCAAUCAGCUAUCAUAUAUGGAUGGCCUUAUUUGAUACUCUAAAGAGGCUCUUAAGGAAGAAAGUCAGGUUGUGUUUCUGCAAUCUGCACAAUGAUUGGUGAAAGAAAUAGAAAAUGCAGUUUCUUCAAUUUUCCAACCUAGUGCACAUGUAAGAGAAGAUCCCUUAAGAAAACAUCAACUCAACUUGGAUGAUUUUUUCUCUGUUUUACAUAGACUUGUCCCAUCCCUUAGCAGCAUAAAGCAGUCAGAAAGUAAAGCAGAAAAAUAUCCCUAUUCUUUUAACCUAGAGAUAAUUCCAAGGCAUGUUUCAAGUACUCACGAAUCCAAGCAAGCAACAUUAUUCUGAAGCCCAUUUUUAGAUUCCAUGUUUGAUUUAGGUGUGCUGUCUAAGGACACUGUCAGAAGACUAAGCUCUACACAUCCCCAUCAUCCUACACAGAGUAAUGAAGUGUGUGAGUAGUGGAAUACAGCUUGUGAAACUCCAGGAAAAGAAAGAAAAUAUCAGAUUGUUAACUUUUCAAAUCCAGAACCUAUGGAGAAUGACAGCCCAGUCCCAGGACCUGUUGUUAUAUAUCAGACUGUUGUUUACUCAAGAUCUGACAACUUCAUAAUUAAAAUAUGCCUAACAGGGAUGUUCCAAGACAGUAAAUAUGAGGUAGAGUUUUAUAAAGUUGCUUGUAUUGGUCCCGACAACACUGCCCAGACACAACUAGCUGGGCAGCCAAACAAAAUACAGCUGCAGAACCUUGAAAUACAUAAUCUGGAUCCAAAUGCAGAAUAUCUUUUUAAAGUCUGUGCUGUCAAUGCAAAUGGUCGAGGACAAUGGAGUGAGAUCUGUAAGAUAAUCACUUCAGAUGAAUAUGGGAAAAUGGAAGAUGGGUGGGCAAGUAGAAGAGUGAUGAAGACGCAGCUCAAGACCCAGCAUUUAGAGAAGAAAUCAGUAAUAGAUACACAGCUGUCGCAGAAUGUAGUACAGGCUUACUGGGGCUCUGCCAAUGAAACUGUUGGAUUUGCUCCUGCCUAUGUGUCUGGAUUUACUUCCCACAACACACUACAAAUGGCUGCAGAUGUAGAGGAAAUCGUAGUCUUACAGCAGAGCGCAGUGGUGUAUCAUUUUGAUUUUAUUGCCAGAGGGCAAGAACUGACAGUGGUAGCACAGAGAAAGCAUUCAAGUUUUGGAAAACAGAGGGGAAUGAAGAAAUCCCUCAAAUACGUAAUGACAGACUUCAUUCAUAUUCUGGAAUAUCAGGGACCUUGA